AUGGAUUCUAUUUUGGAUCCUCUCGUCCAAGAAAAGGUGGAAAGGACAAGAUCGCAAGCCAAUAAGUCUCUAGCUGCUAAAGAGCUGGUGUAUUAUUUAUACGUAUGGAAUGCAUCGGAAACCCUAACGGGUAUUUUCACAAACCAACAUGGUAUCAAGCCAAGGAUUUUUCUAUGGUCACAUGCAACCAUCGACAAUCAUCUAGUGUCGAUUUUAUUUCUUCUUCAUCCAGGUCAAAUUAAAUUAACCCUCUUCCUUAAUUUUCUUCUGCAAUUAAUGCCUCCAUCUCUGUUCACGAUCACACAACUACAACUGCUGCCUCUUGACAAAUUCACAUCAGCAGAAAACAAACCACUCACUAUUGUUCCCUGUUCAUGUCAACUCUCACGGAUUGGUGCUAGUUAUCUUGCUACAAUCCCUCUGCCAAAGGAACAGUUUCGUAACACCCGAAAAGGUGCAUCUUCCAUUGCUGACUACUGUCAUAAUCUCAAGAAUUUAGUUGAUGCUCUCGCCGAUGUCGACUCUACAAUAAAGGAAACAGAACUAGUGAUCCAAAUCUUACGUGGACCACCCUCCUCAUACCAAAGCAUCAUUGAUGUUGUCACCAAUACAAACCCUUUUCCCACUUUUUUACAAUCUAAGAACAUGCUUCUUGUUCAUGAGGGUCGCGAAGACAAUCCCGAUGAUGUUGUUGAUCCAAUUCCCAGUCCGACUUUAUAUUCCAGUGUCAAUAAUUCCAGAAAAUCUAAGACAAAGUGGAAUAGAAACCGUAAUAAUCAUCGGGCCACUUCCAGGGGGAGGUAA